UCCCGUCCGGAGACAGACAGUAAGUUUCACUCUGCAUUGCAGCCGAAACGCUGCUCCGGAAUCCAACACAACAAUGGCGACUCCCAGUCCUGAAAGCAACUCCACAAGCUCCAGCCACAACAGCAACAUUGCAGGAUCCGCGUUGUACCAUUUCCACCAGCAGACACACAGCAGCAGCAUGCAAGAAACCAAUACCUGCUGGAGAUGUCAGAAUGAAACAGGUAAACGUAAAGCCUUGAAGCUGAACUUCGCCAACCCUCCAGUGAAACCAGCCUCCAGGCUGCCGCUCCAUCCGACGGCUCCCUCCUUCCAGAACCCUCACAUAGAGCGUCUGCGCACACACAGCAUCGAGUCGUCGGGAAAGCUGAAGAUCUCUCCGGAGCAGCACUGUGACUUCACGGCAGAGGACCUGAGAGACCUCGGGGAGAUCGGCCGCGGGGCGUAUGGCUCCGUCAACAAGAUGGUCCACAAACCCACGGGACAGAUCAUGGCUGUCAAGAGGAUUCGCUCCACUGUGGAUGAGAAGGAGCAGAAGCAGCUGCUGAUGGACCUGGACGUGGUGAUGAGGAGUAGUGACUGUCCCUACAUUGUUCAGUUCUACGGCGCUCUCUUCAGAGAGGGGGACUGUUGGAUUUGUAUGGAACUCAUGGCUACCUCAUUAGACAAAUUCUACAAAUAUGUAUAUUGUGCAUUAGACGACGUCAUUCCAGAGGAAAUAUUAGGGAAAAUAACAUUAGCGACCGUUAAAGCACUGAACCACUUAAAAGAAAACUUGAAAAUAAUUCACAGAGACAUCAAACCUUCCAACAUUCUAAUGGACCGAAUGGGUAAUAUCAAGCUAUGUGAUUUUGGCAUCAGUGGUCAGCUGGUGGACUCCAUAGCCAAGACCAGAGAUGCCGGCUGCAGGCCUUACAUGGCGCCUGAAAGGAUAGACCCCAGCGCUUCCAGACAAGGCUACGACGUGCGCUCUGACGUGUGGAGCUUGGGCAUCACCCUGUACGAGCUGGCCACAGGACGCUUCCCCUACCCCAAGUGGAACAGUGUUUUUGAUCAGCUGACACAGGUGGUGAAAGGUGAACCUCCCCACCUCAGCAACUCAGAGGACAGGCAGUUCUCCCCCAAGUUCAUCAACUUUGUUAACCUCUGCCUUACGAAGGAUGAAUCCAAGCGGCCAAAGUACAAAGAGCUUCUGAAACGUCCCUUCAUUCUGAUGUAUGAAGAGCGUUCCGUGGACGUUGCCAGUUACGUGUGCCGCAUCCUGGACCAGUUCCCCACCUCUCCCAUCUCCCCGAUGUACAUGGACUGAUGGAGUCAGGCUGGGGGGGUCACCCAACAUGCAGAGGAUGGGACACUAAGCUUUGUGAUGCAAUGCUUGACAUCUUAGAGUUAUGUAGGAUCACCUGUUUAUUCACACGUUCCAAAGAACAAAGCAAGUGGAUCACAUUGCCCGGUGCAAUGAGACCAAGUCAAUGUCAAACACAUAGAGUAAAGCUACACCAUAUACAUACACAUACACGUGUGUGUGUGUGUGUUUGUCUGUACACACACAUACAGAAUCUACCAAAUACAAUGUUGAAUAGUGACACUGAUGACAUAUGAACAAAAAUAUCCACCCAUUGUCGACUGUAUGUAUGUAUGCAUAAGUGUGUGUGUGUGUGUUCACCUCUGAAUUGUUGACAUGUACAGCUGUAUGCUGAUAGACCUGCAGUCUCUCCCCCCCCCCCCCUCCCUUACACACGGUUUGAUGUGGGCACCUUAUCUCAUGGUAAAUUAAGUAUGCAAAAUUGUUUCUCUCUGGAGAGCUCAUAGAUUUGGUGGCGUGGCUUUACUUCUUUUUGAAUAUGCAAUCUGUGAGUGUGUCCUGUACACUAUCCUCACAUUCCGAUGUUGGCCACAGUUUGUACCUUUUGUGUCAUCGUCAUGUUUCAGCAUCAAAGAGAAGUCCCUAAACCCAGCUGGUGGAGCAUACCCUCCCCGUAUCAAGGCUGAUACCUUACUGCAGAGGCCAGGGUUCCAUCCCAGCCCGAGCCCUUUGCUGCAUGCCAUCCCAGCUCUCACUAUCCAAUACAGCAGGAAUGCUGAAGACAGCUUCUGUCCAUCUGGAUCCAACUAUAUUUGCUCAAUGCUCAGUAAAAAAACUAUUUAACACAUAGACUGAAAAGUACACAAAUCAUGAUAUCUGUAAAACCAUUAGAACUGCAGUUCUAGUGAACAACCUUCUGUUGAGUUAUUUCCUCCUUCAUAUUAACGGUUGUUUAGCUGUCACUCAAACAUCAUAAUGUGCUCAAAAUGGGGUUAGUUCACGGCGUCAUUGCCGGAUGUAAAGUUAGUGUGUAUGUAUUUAGUAUAUGGUGCAUCUGAUCUGCUGUUCCUGGCCGGUUCUGCUCGACAGUGAGGAGGUCUGAGUGUGAGAAGGAGUCCUCAUGAGUCAGCCUGCCUUAGCACUGUACAGUUAAACUACUCAUCCCCACUGAUCACAGAUCCACCAUGCUGCCAUAGAAAGGCAGACAGUAGUGACUACCUUUUUGAAAGUCCGGGCGCGUGUUUCCUUUUAAAUGCUGCUAAGUGACGACAUGUCCACUUCUGUACCGACCACACAGCUGUCAGGAGAGGAGGAGCGCGGUUACUGCGUUGGACUCGGCAUGUGGCUUGCACUGAUGAUAGAAUAUAUUCCACCAGGGAUGCAUCUCCGUGUCCUAGAACAUGUUCCCUCACCGGGGGGGCUGAUGCAGACGAUGGAGUGGAAGUUAGAGGUCGAAACGUAACCAAACUGUUGGUUUGGAUGGUGGUCCACUGUAAUACAAUGAAUUCUUUCAAUGACGUUUUUUAUGUUUUCUUUUUUGUCGACAUCCCAUAAAUGGAACAUGUAAUAUUGCCAGCCUUUUCUUUCAACCUAGAAAAUACUAAUAAUAUAAAGUCAUUCUAUGUAACAUCGGCGAGGCAAGAGGUGUACAGUGACUUGAUGGUGGUCAGAUGGAUGUAUUACGAUAGUUAUUCUUUUAGCUCGAUGUGAAACAAUACAUGUGUUUGGAUCAACAUUGCUAUGUUUGGCUUUCCCCACUUUAUCACUACAUUAAAGCAAUUGCCGUGCUUAAAGGGCCACUCCAGCAUUUUGCGGCAGGACGUUCAUCCAGUUGGGAGUCUUGCAAGAGACCAAUUUUAAAAAUCAAAAGGUCAAAAUUGAUCCUGAUUCUCUGUCCUUUUAUAUGGGGUAAGCUUCAAAACCCAAAAGAAUAAUCCUGAUGACAUCAGUGCCCGUUUUUAGAGGCUGACUAGUACUCCUGAGGGUUCUCGCGUGUAGUUUGCUGCAGUUUCCUUUUACAUUUGAUUUAAAGUUCUAUGCCAUACAGAUGUCAGUCAUGUUGGAAGAUGGCCACCAUCAUCCAGAUGUGUUCUGGCUCAUUGGUAAACAGACACCUGUUGCAUACGGGAGGACAUUACAACCAGGGUGGAGGAUCCUGGUGAGAAAACCCACCGGUCCGUUACUGCAAACAGUCUUUAUUAUGGGAUACAUCUCCAGUAAGCUAACUUACCAUUGGUGGAUAUGAAUCUCCAGGGUACAUGUUGUGUAAAUUGCAAUUUAAUAGAAUGUUCAUAUUAGAUUAUAUGAUAUUAAGGGCAAUGAAUAUUCUAUUGUAUCUUUCGAGGGUUACAAAUAAACUUCCCAUGGAAAAUAUUGAAAACCUGUAUUGUGUGCUUCUCGUGAAUUGGACAUGAAUAAAAAAGGAAAUGCAGAAAUGA